AUGGCCCACAUCGAUCCCGACAUGCUUGAAUCACGGAAACCCUUCGGACGGAUGAGGCGGCUUUUAAGUUCGCAAUUCGGCAGGGUCUUCUGCCGGAUUGCACAACCCAGGCUCACAACUGUGUUGUCCCUGGCUAUAAUGGAUCGCCCGAGUCGGCCCUGCUCGAAGCUCCCCAUUAGAGUCAUCUUGGCGCUUGCCUGGACGUGGGCCUACGACUUUACCAAGAGCAAGCUCAUGUUAGCGGGAGAACUGAGUAGCCUUCGAAAUGAGACCUUUAUUGACUGGCGGCACUUCGCGAGAGAAAUCCUCCGGACGCUCUUCGCGAAUGCGCGGCCAAUGGGUGGCCCAGGAGAAGUGAUCCAGAUUGAUGAAAGCUACUUUCGAGGCGGGAACGUGCGACUCUGCUGCCCAUCAUCAGACGGCACAUUGCUCCGGGGACGGAGAUCUGGUCGGAUGAAUGGGCAGCAUAUGCGACCUCGAGCCAGCACGGAUACAUCCACAAGACCGUGA